AUGUCAAAACUGGUCAUAUCAACAUCAGUCUUUCAGUCCCAAGUAGCAGACUUACUACCAUGCAACAACCGCCAAAAAUCGCAACUGACACAUUCGCUAUUAAACGCGUAUAGUCUUCUUCCACACUUUGAUGAAGUAUUAACAUUCCCAUACGUUAAAAAGAAUGAACUACUUGAGUUCCAUUCCAAAGCGUAUAUCAAUUUAUUAAUUAAUGAGAAACUCAAUAGAAUAUUGCCUCAAGAUAUCGACGAUCCCGUAGUGGAGUCUAAAUGGUGUGAGUUGGUUGAAUUGACAACGAAUUGGAAGGAAAAAGUCAAUCGGAACUUAGUAGAAGGGUUUCAGAGGUUCACUUCAAGAGAUGAUCUCUAUGGUUAUUACAAGAGUCAGUUAAAAGCUUUUAAUGACGACGAAGACGACAUUAGUUUUAAUGAGAUGGAUUCAGAUGAAGAAGGGAGCACAAAAGACCAUUAUUUCCUCGAGCUUGAAAAAAGAGAGUACAACCUGGAGGGUGAUUGCCCAAUUUUCUCUUACCUUCCCAUGUACUGCCAGGUCAUAACAGGAGCCACUUUAAAUUUGCUGGAUCAUCUCUCGCUCACAGAACGCCUUAUUGGUAUAAAUUGGGAUGGUGGAAGACACCAUGCCUUUAAACAGAAAGCAAACGGAUUUUGUUAUAUAAAUGACGUGGUAUUGCUAAUUCAACGGUUGAGGAAACUGAAAUUGAGCAAAAUCACAUAUCUUGAUUUCGAUCUACAUCAUGGGGAUGGCGUAGAAAAGGCUUUUCAAUAUUCAAAACAAAUACAGACAAUUUCUGUACAUCUUUACGAGCCUGGAUUUUUUCCUGGAACUGGUUCUUUGAAUGAUUCACUAAACGGUAAGAAUACUGUUAACAUUCCAUUGAAGCAUGGUUGCGAUGACAGUUAUUUGAACUUGGUCGCAUCCAAAAUCAUACAUCCUCUAAUAGAAAGGCAUGAUCCUAAGGUAAUAAUAAUUGAAUGUGGCGGUGAUGGGCUUUUAGGUGAUAAAUUCAAUGAAUGGCAACUAACGAUACGAGGUCUUUCUCAGACAAUCGUAAAUAUAAUGAAAUCGUAUCCGCAAGCGCACAUGUUUCUACUUGGAGGAGGUGGAUACAACGAUUUAUUAAUGAGUAGGUUCUACACGUACUUGACUUGGUGCGUUACCAAGGAAUUUUCCAUUGCAAGAGRAGGUGAGGAGGACAAAAGCCAAGAUAAUCCAUUCACUACUCGUUAUGAUGAUGAUUCAGAACAAUUCAUAAGGGAGCAUGAACUGGUUGAGAUGUACAAUGAAGAGAACUAUCAGUACUGGAUAUAUGAGAUGGAAGGUAGUUCGCGUAUGAAAACGUUAAGAAAUGACAACAAGGUUGAACAUAUAGUUGAACUAAUGGAUUUUUAUAAAUUGUGA